CCGGAGGCUGUCACAUCCUGGUCCUGGCUGCAAGGCCCCCGGGAUGCUCUGGGUGUCACCUCUGGAGCCUCACAGAACAGGAGCCAGAUGGCUUGUGAUUCAGAAGUCUCAGGCUUUCUGAACACACUCUUGCGAGACUUCCCAGCCCCCCUGACCCCGGAGAGCCCCUUGCCAUGGAAGGCUCUGGGCACAGCGCUGAGUCAGGAGGAGGUGGAAGGCGAGCUGACUGAGCUGGCGAUGGGCUUCCUGGGCAGCAGGCAUGCCCCACUGCCACUUGCUGCGGCUCUGACCCGAGAGGCCGUUUCCCAGCUGCUGCAGGCUGACCUUUCUGAGUUUAGAAAGUUGCCCGGGCAAGAAGAGGAAGAAGAAAACGAUGAGGAAGAAGAGAAGGCCCCGGUGAUCUUGACAGAUGCCAAAGGACUGGCUCGGAGUUGCUUUAACCAGCUCUGGGAAGUAAGUGACCAGUGGCGGAAGCAGGUGCCGGUUGCUGCCCGGACCCCGCAGAGGGAGUGGGUGGUCUCCAUCCACGCCAUCCGGAACACUCGCCGCAGGAUGGAGGACCGGCACGUGUUCCUCCCUGCCUUCAACCUGCUCUUGGGCUUGUCCGACCCCGUGGACCGUGCCUACUUCGCUGUGUUUGACGGUCAUGGGGGCGUGGACGCCGCGAGAUACGCUGCUGUCCACGUCCACAUCCACGCCGCCCGCCAGCCAAAGCUGCUCACAGACCCUGCGGAAGCCCUCAAAGAAGCCUUCCGGCUCACCGAUGAAAUGUUUCUCUUGAAAGCCAAGCGAGAGCGGCUGCAGAGUGGCACCACAGGCGUGUGCGUGCUUGUUGCCGGAACAACCCUGCACGUCGCCUGGCUCGGGGACUCCCAGGUCAUCCUGGUGCGGCAGGGAGAAGUGGUGCAGCUGAUGGAGCCACACAGACCUGAGCGACGGGACGAGAAGGCACGCAUCGAAGCACUGGGGGGCAUUGUGUAUUUCACGGACUGUUGGAGAGUCAAUGGGACCCUGGCCGUCUCUAGAGCCAUCGGGGAUGUCUUCCAGAAGCCCUAUGUGUCCGGAGAGGCAGAUGCGGCCUCCUGGGAGCUGACGGGCUCUGAGGACUACCUGCUGCUUGCCUGUGACGGCUUCUUCGACGUCAUCACCUUCCCCGAAAUCGCCAGCCUCGUCCACGGCCACCUGGUCAAACAGCAGGGCGAUGGGCUCCAUGUGGCUGAGGAGCUGGUGGCUGAGGCCCGGGAGCGAGGCUCCCAAGACAACAUCACAGUUAUGGUGGUCUUCCUCAGGGACCCCCGAGAGCUGCUGGAGGAAGGGGUCCAGGGGCCAGGGCACUCCCAGGCCGGUGUGAGAAGCCAGGACUUGCCCUCUGGCCUCUCACAGCCCAAGGCCAGCACUCCACAGAGAAGCUAGGUGGUCCAGGUCCCCCCUCACCCCACCCUGACCCUUCCCCCACCCGUGUGAGUCCCCUCGGAGGCCUUAGGACCUGACAGGCAGUCGUGGGCAGGAUGUGCCCACGCACACAGUGCUUGCCCCAGCACCCGAGACCACUGGUGAUGCGUGCUACAGCCUGUCCUGGUACUGCAGAACCGCUCCCGGCAGGGCUCGAGAGCAGGCAUAGGGAAAGACCUUACCAAAGUGAAGGCGGCCCAGGGAGUGGCCUGGCUCUUGCUCCUACCUCACAUCGAGGCACGGGUGGGCCCAGAAGUCGCAAGCACCUGGUAGCAGACCAAAGACAGGAUGUGCAUUGGGAGCACUGGGUUACGCGCGUAGGGGACCCCCGCAGCAGACCUAAGAGCUCCAGGCAUCUUCAGGCGCAUCCUCGGGUCAGGUCAAGCAGGCAGGAUAUCCAGCGCCGGUCUCUCACGGCUUCUCACUAUGGCUGCGGCUAUGGCCAUGGUGGGAGGAAGGAUCGAGUUGAUGGAUAGGCCCGGCAAGUCCUGCCUGACCACGCUGGCUUCCCAGAGAGGAGAGAGCAACCCGUGCGUGACGUGACAGGGCCGCGAGGGCCUCUUCCUGCUUCCCCUGAGCACCAUGGGAAGGUGAAGCUCGAUCCUUACUGACACAAGGCGUGUGUGUCGUGUGUGUUCGGGAUUUAUGCCAGGAAAGGUCUAAUUCAGAAGCAGUAUUGCAGACUUUAUCUUUGUUUUGUCAGUGCCAAGAUGACCCACAGAGUCAUAUAAUUUAAGCAGAUCUUAAUGUUUAUUUCUUCAAAAAACUUAAGUAUUUACUUUUUGAAGUUUUUUUUUAACUCUUUUGGAAACAUUUUCAUUGCAGUAUUACUGAAUCUUUUUUUUUUUUUAAUCAGGAUCGAAACAAACUUUUCUAGGUGGCGUUAAUAUUGUCACUUAAGUGCCUUACACGGCUGUGGGGAAGAUGAGACCUGCUGGUCCGUCGUGGAUUCUGACGGGCUGUUGAAGUUCUUACAGAAGCAGCAUUUGUCUUGCUUGGAAGGUGUGAUCUUGGCUAGAAAUCUUCCUGGAGUUCUUUUCCUCCUUUAUGUUACCGGGCACCCCCAAGAGCCCCCCUGGGUGAUUUUCAGGAGCCAUGCUACAGGUGGGGCUGCUGCCUGAGCCCAGACCACAGGGUGGCCAUUUGCCUCCUUAACUGCCUGGGCCCUGCCAUGCCGGUCUCUGUUGGAUCCCAGAUAGAGUGACUUUACUGCUAAGUAGAAUGUUCCAGAAUGUCUUUGUGGUUUUGCAGUUACACUGGUUUCCGUGGGGAAAAUGCUUCAUCAAGACACUGUGGCAAGCCCAGAGGCAGCCCGGUGUCAUGGCUCUGUCUGGAGGCAAAGGGUGGGAUACUUCUGGCCCAUCUGGCAGCACCAGCCACAGCCCCUGACCCCCAGGCUGGUGUCCCCUGCUAGGCUUUGUUCUGUAGCUACAAGAAGGAAGGGCACCUUAGGGGCCGGGGAUUUAGCUCAGUGGUUCUGGCACCUGCUUCACAAGUGCAAGGACCCGAGUUUGAUCCCUGGUACCAGAAAAAAAAAAGAAGAAGGAAGGCCUCGUUGUCCCCUAGAAUACUGGGAAGGUGAGGCUUGGAAGUGGUGAUACUCGGGGUCUCAAAGAGCUCACGUAGUGUAUGCAGAGUUGAAAGUGGCUGGACUGGGGAGGAGGCCAGGUAGAGGCAGGAACAUGAGGCGGAGAAAAAGGGCCCUGGAGGCCGGGGAGAGCAGCCUGAUAGGGAAGGGCUGAGCGGCAGUAGGACUCUGCUCCCACAGGGGUCUGACGGGCACUGGGUGGCUUAGCUAAGGCUUGUGACAGGGACAGUAAGAGGAAGCUUGACCAUGAGAUCCCCGCGGUAGUGAUCGGAGCCCACCCACCUGCAGACGGCAGGGCACCAGGAAGCUCUGGAGAACUGGAUUCCAGGCACCUUGCCCUCCUCCCAGUUCACACAAGGGACAGGUAUGCAAGAGUCGCCAGCCAAGUCUCCCUCGGCAGGAAGGGCAGAGCCGGCCACGGCGGGGUGUGCUGCCUGCACCCUCAGCUUCCCCGUUCCCACGGUGGGGCUUCAGGAGGUGAAACCGUGCUGCCAAGGCCUUGCUCAGUCUCCUGAUAGACAGCAUCUUAAACAUCGUCGUUCAGAGACAACUGGGCAUGCUUAGCUUAACUUGAAAGCCCUGCUGCUUUCUGAGGGCCAGAAGCCAGGGCCCUCACGAGCUCUCAGCAGAGGGCUGGGCAGGACGCGGGGAUGGGGCGCACCCUUCGCCCCCAGCCCAUCCUGCUCAUGACAAUGACCUUCACUGAGGAGGGGGAGUUUUGGCUCGUUUUUCUUUGCUAAUCUUACUCUGUUCACUGCUGCCAAGAGAGGAGCGGUACCCCAGUGACGUUUGGAUUAUACCCUUUGCUAGUGCGCUUUAUUCCCUGGCCCGAGGCUCUGCCAGACCUCAGGCUUGGCACACAGGGAAGCCCCUUCCCCAGGCUGUCUGAACACCUGCCGUCACCCCCCCCCCAGAGAGCCUGCUGUGCCACGGGCACAGCCAAGGCCCUGAGGCAGAGACCUGAGCCGCUGGGGGGCGGGGACACCGGGGAGCGGGGAGGGCAGUCGGGAGCUAACCCUGCACUAGCUUCUGGGCCCAGAGAAGGACCUUUCCUGACGAGCUGGACCCAGAGCCUCCCAAACUUCUGGGUCACCCCUUGAGGCCAUAUUCCCAAGAGGGUCCCUGGCCAGGGCCGCCAUUCUGCAAAUCUGAAUUCCAUUUCAAGGACAGCUUUGCCACCAGCUCCUAAGCUGUGCAAGUCAUUGUACCUUCCUGGGCCUCAGCGCCCCCUUUUAAAGUCAGAGGGGCUGCACAGUGUGGCUCUAGCCGGGAAUUCUGAAAAUGUAGGGCUACUGGAGGUGAGGCUGGUGCGUCCUGGGGAGAUGCUGCCAGCUCUGAGGUCCCCUCCUCUCUUGCCAGCAGGGAGGGGUAAUUAAGUAUUAUUAGUGUCUAUUCUUAAAAUUAAGUGGGUUGGAAAAGAAUCAACUUACAGAUGCCAGCGCCUUAUAUGGAAGACAAAAGCUGGAGGAAUCAACCCUUCUUUUACAGGUGCUGCUGAUUCCCGGCUGAGUCCUGCAUGGCGGUAGAAUUAGGAGGGGCAGGAAGGCACAGCUAAUUCUCAAGGGUGUCCUAGUCAAAAUCGAAGAUAGUGUGUUUCCGGGGGCUGGGGACAUGGUGUGGAUGUCACAGCCAGAGGGGUCUCACACCCCACGAGAGAAGCGCAGACUCCCUGAGACCUUGACUCAAGUCCUGACCACUGACCACGGUCUGUUUCCUGCCCUCCCGGAGCAGCAUGCAGCCCGUCUUCACCCUCCCCUGCCAUGACAUUUUCCAGCAUGGGCAUCCCGGCUACCUCAGCCGUGUUCCCAGUGCUGGGAGGCCGGCUCUGGCCACUCCUAAGGCCUAGCCCCCGACCCACACUGCCUAGAAGCUGGAUAGGCCUGUGUAAAAUAAGCUUUCUGUUUCGAUUCUGCCUCUCUAGUCCAAAAGGGGCAGACCCAGAGUCCUGCGCUUUCGCUGAGGCUCCUUGACUUUGCCAAAUGCGCCGAGCUUUGCCGUUCACAUGCCUUGUGGCCCUUGCCAAAGGUUUCUCUGUGCACACUUUGUGGGCUUCCUAGGAGUUGUGUUCUUGCAUAGCAGGGAAUCUCAUUCCAAGACGUGACUGUUUCCCCUGUAGUCUUCGGGACAAGUCCCAAGGUAAAGGGGCCGAAAGGGUGUUCUCUUCCCAGGAGCCCCAUGUAAAGUGUCAUUAAACCGUGAGUUCCCAGCCUGUCA